AUGGCUUCCCCACCAUAUUCCCACAGCUACCCACCCGCCACUUCACCACCGUAUCCAUCCAAUGCUCAACUUCCUCAACCUCAAAAGCGACGACAAUCCGAAAUGCCAUCUUCCGCAUCACAGCCAUCCCUGAAGCGGCGCAAAGCGUCGGCGCUUUCUACUACUUCUGCUCCACUCUCCGCCCAUCCUCUGCGCCAGACCUCCUUCCCGCCAGAAAACGCGUCUCGAACCUCAGCAUACUCGCGUUCCCCAAGCGUGGACGCCAUGUCCUUGGUAUCUGGCAGCGCAGUCGGCGGCGCGGUGAAGAAGAAACGAGGACGGAAACCGAAAAAUUCGGCCAAUGAUGACGCCUCUCUUGUUGGCGGAAGAACAAAGUCAACAAUAUCAGGCACGUCUGGAAGACGGAAGCGGAGGCAAAGCGAAGUCAGUGCUGAGGAUGAGGAAGAAGGAGGUGAGGAAAUGGCCAUUGAGACCGUAGCCAGGACACAAGAGGAGAGAGCGAGGGAAGUAGAGCAUAGGGCUCUGCUUGUAAGACAGCUCGAUCCUGAGCAGAUGUCGAGAUAUGAGGCUUACAGAUCUGGCCGCUUGGGGGAGUCGGUCGUUAGGAGGAUCGUUAAUCAGACGCUUUCUCAGUCGGCGCCGGCGAGUGUGAUUCUGGCGGUAAGGUCGGUUGCCAAGAUAUUUGCGGGCGAGAUGGUUGAGGGCGCGAGAAGGGUGCAAACGCAGUGGCUGGAGGCAUCGGGGGAGGACCAGACGACUGGUCUCCCAAGCCCACCGGCAGAAAAUGAUACUGUGAAGGAGAAAGAGAUGAGACGAGGGCCUCUACUUCCAGAUCACCUACGGGAGGCGUUAAGGAGACUCAAACUUGAGCGGGACGGUGGACUUUCUGGCCAGUUGGGGCUAUGGCAAUUGCAACAAAAUAGCGGCGUUGAAAGGUUCGGCGCCAAGUCCAUGGGCAAAAGGCUUCUCAAGUAG